ACACAGAGACGACUAUAGAUUUGAUUGUAUUUCCAGUUUUGCACACAUUUUCGUCACUCAAUCGCCGAUUCAUUCAAUCGUUUGUUUCAUUGACUGUCGGUUUGGCGAGACUUUCGCAUUGAUGUCAUCACUCGUGUGACCAUUCAUUUGAUACCCAUUUGACACUCAUUUGCAACUCAUUUGCCGCCAAACACGCGAAGACAAUGGCAGACGUGGUUGAUAUCAACGACAUUCAGCAACAGUGGAAAGUACUGAAUGAUGAGUACCACACACUCGAGGAGGUCCACAAGAAUUAUCACAACUCGAUCGUCGAGUUCACGAAACUCCAGAAUAAGUGUCUUAAAGAGAUCACUCACCAGAACUACAGAGUGUCUCAAUUGAGACAAUUGAUCAAAAAG